UGCUGGGCCUGGCCGAGCACUUCCGCACGUCCAGCCCGCCCAAGGUGCGGCUCUGCGUGCACUGCCUGCAGGCUGUGCUGCCCCGCAAGCCCCCCGCCAGAAUGGAGGCCCGCACGCACCUCCAGCUCGGCUCCGUCCUCUACCACCACACCCGCAACGGCGACCAGGCCCGAGGGCACCUGGAGAAGGCGUGGCUGAUAUCCCAGCAGAUCCCCCAGUUUGAAGAUGUGAAGUUCGAGGCAGCCAGUUUGCUGUCGGAGCUGUACUGCCAGGAGAAUUCCGUGGAUACGGCGAAGCCCCUGCUGCGAAAAGCCAUCCAGAUCUCCCAGCAGACUCCCUACUGGCACUGCCGCCUGCUCUUCCAGCUGGCAGUAAGUGAUCCCUGGCCCUGCAGCAGGAAAAAGGCCUGGGAAAGCCCUGGAUUCCCUUGGGAUGCCCUUUUCACCCCCCUCAGCUGUGGCUGUUGA